AUGGGCAAAAAGGGCAAAGGCAAAGGCAAUAAGCUGGCCAAAAUGUCCGAGGAGGAGCGCGCCAGAUAUUUGCAAAUGCGCGCCGAUGUGGAGGAGGAGACGAGGCGACGCAAAAUGCAGCUUAUAGCGCUCUACAUGAAGAACAAGCUGAAGCGCGAGGAUGCCUUUUGUCGCCUGAACAUGGCCAAAAUCAAUCAGGAAUGGCGUUCCAUUUUGCGACAGGUGAAAAUUCAGGACUUACGCCGUGAAAUUCUCGACGUGGCGCAGUUCUUCGAGCAGGCGCUCAAGCGCAAGGAUCAGGUCAUACAGCGCCUCAUAGGCGACAUCAAUUCCACGGAGGACAUGUACGCCAAUUUGCAGCAGUCGCAUAUGGAGAACAUUGAUCAGAUAAUCGGCAUACAUCGUAGUCGCAUGCAGUUCUUCUGGCGCAUCUACGAGGACGAUAAGCAAGCGGUGCUGCGUGAAUAUAAACAGGAUGCGUCUAUCUAUAAGGACUUGCAGGCGGAGAAGCAACAGCAACUCGAGUGCGUUUUCUAUCAGCUAGAGGAGACCGCCGAUCGUACAGUUAAAGACAAUCAUGAAAUCUAUCUGGAUCGUGUUGAGGAUCUGAAGAGCGGCAUGCACUUGAAGCUGGAAAAGAUUACGGGCCGGGGCGAGGGCAAGCUGGAGGCAUUGUGGCAGGAGUAUCAAUCGGUUCUAGCCGGCUAUGGCAAGCACAUCGAAGGCUUCUACUCCGAGUAUGUGGAUCUGAAGCAACGCGACGAGGAGAGCGCCCAACAGAUCAGCCAGCAAAGCUAUGAGAUUGAGCAUCUGAUUGAGCAACUGGGCAAUCUUCGCCUGCUCGCCGAGGAGCAGCAAAUCAAGCAGCAGGCGCAGCUACACGAGAGGCAAAACAUCAAGCAGCAGCUCACCGAUCGCCUACGAGAGCUGCGCAGCUGCGUCGAAAAGGAAGUGGAACAGCAGCACAAGCUAUUCAAGCAAAUGACCGUGGAGAGUUAUGAAGCUAUAGAGACACUCAAGGCACAUCUAAGCAAAUGCGAAACCUUGUCUCAGCUGUCGCGCAUUUGCGGCAAAAUGGAAACGCAGCGAGAGAAACUGUUUCUGCUGCCUCAACUCUCAAAAGAGAUAAUUGAGAUACGCGAGCUGCAAACGCCUGGCGAGGAUGACGCUCCAACGGCCAAUGAUCCACUCAAGGAGGAAGUUGCCGCGUUGCCACAAAUGGAAACCUUUUGGCGACGCGUUAACAAUGUCUCCGUCGAUGUCGCUUGCCUCAAGCAGCAGAAACGCAAUUUGGAGGCGGAAAAUGCAAAACUUAAGGCAGAGCUGCAGGACUAUCUGAUCGAUCUGAACAUUAGCAACGGCUCCAAUAGCCACAUACACGAUUAUCUAUCGCGUCGACCUAAGAGCAUGUCCGUGGACCGCGUCACACAGCUGCGUUUGCAGCCGAAGCAGGUGAAAAGCGCAGUGGCAACCAGCCGACGUCCACCCCCACGUACAGCUGGAACACAUUUGGCUAGCUGUGAGGCAGGCAUUUCAAAUCUCAUUCGUUCCCGAAACCUACUCAGAGGCAGGCCUCAGUUGGCUAGCUUAGAGCUUAGGAGGCAUUUAUAAAA